CAAGAAGAAGAAAGAGCUCACGUGUGAUGUGUUUGUGUAUCCUCAGUGUUUUUCUCUCUUGAGUGUUUUAUUGAGUGUAAACAGAGUCUUGUCUCUGUAUAUUUUAGUGUUGAUGAUGGAUGUGAUGUGUUGUAAAUCAGUAGGAACUGAUCUGUCCAUGCUGGAUAUUGAUGAUUUCAUCACAGAAAUCUCUCAGCUGAAGAAAGAGGUGGCGUUACUGGAGACAAAGCUGAGGUUAAGAGGAGAUGAAGGACUGAAGAGAGAGGACUCCGAGCUCAGUCUGACUUUACUCUGUUAUACUGAGUCAAAGCCCACAGACGCUCAGGACACUACAGUGUGUGACAGUAAUCAGGGCUUACAGGAUGAGGAAUCUACUGAUCAAACCUCCACAGAGUCUCUGGAUUCUGUCUGUAACGCUGGAGAACAGCAGCAGAUCCUGCAGACCAAACUCAAGAUGUGUUCAGUCAAACUCAUCGACUGCAGGGACCUAAUGAUGAAGAUGCGAAGAGAAACCACAGAGGAAGAUCACACUGAUGAAGAUUGUUUUAUUUCUUCAGAUGAGAAGAGUGAUUCAUGUUGUGAUGAAGAAAUAACAUCGUCAACAUCCAAGGAGCGACUGACAGCACAAACUCAGGAGAAAAAACUUAAUUCAGAAGAGAACAGAGAGAAGAAGAUGAUGAUGACAAAGAAGAAGCCGUUUCACUGUCAGCAGUGUGGGAAGAAUUAUUUUGCAACAACAUCUAAUAUAAAUGCUCACAUGAGGACACACAGUGAAAAGUCUUUCCCCUGCACUGAAUGUGACAAAUAUUUCAAAACCAAAGGAAAUCUUGUACUUCAUCAAAGAAUUCACACAGGAGAAAAACCAUACGAGUGUCCUCACUGUGAGAAGAGAUUCAACCACAAACCUCAUCUGAAGAAUCACUUGCGUUCACACACCAAUGAGAGACCGCAUCAGUGCAGUGAAUGUGGAAAAACAUUUAGGGAUUCAGGCUCUUUAAAAUCACAUCAAAAAACACACUCUGGGGAGAAAUCCUACCAAUGUUCACACUGUGAUAAACGUUUCAUUCAUAAAUCUCAUCUGCUAUGUCAUGAGAUGAUUCACACUGGAGAGAAACCUUACGUCUGCCCUCACUGUGGAAAGAGCUUUUCUGAUCCUUCUCAUUUCAGAGUUCAUAAGAAAAUUCACACUGGAGAGAAACCUCAUCACUGUAAUGUCUGUGGGAAGAAUUUUAAGCGACGUGAACAUUUAGUGGCACACCAGAUAACUCAUACAGGUGAAAAACUUUACAAAUGCUCUCAGUGUGAGAAGACGUUUGUUCGACCAGAUGUCCUGAGAAUCCAUCAGAGAGUUCACACUGGAGAGAAACCUUACAACUGCUUGAUCAGUGGAGAGAGAUUUGCUUAUUUAGGAGGUUUUUACACUCACAAGAAGAAACAUACUGAAGAACAAACACUUAAAUGAACAUAGCUUUAAAUGGAAACAAGUAUUUGUUAAUGUUGUUUAAGUGAAAACAAGUCAAGUGAACUUAAAUGCAAAUAAUUUUGUGUGAAAUGAAGUGGAUGUAGUUGUGUGUUAUGCUCUCAAAAAAGCUCAUUGGCAUUGAUCCAAUCAUGGACAGUGGUUCCACAUGAUUGGCCCAUGUUUCUUAACAUGAAAUGAACAUGUAAGCUCUACUCAAUUACGUUUACUUAAAAUAAAAACCAAAUACUUCAUGUAGACACAACAUGAUUGAAUCACAUAAA